AUGGAAGACCAGAAAUGCAGAUUGUCUCCGACCACUUCGACGAUUUUCAUUCUCUGUCUCGUUUACAUUCUAAGCAUUUCCACUGCUAAUGCUGCUCUUGCAGAAGCCGAUACAAGUAGUUCAUUGUCCACUUAUAUUAUCCAAGUACGAAGGCCAACAGACAAACAUUUCUCAGCUUCAGAGGAUCUCGAUACUUUGUAUCGGUCUUUUUUACCUACCACAGCAACCAGCUCUAACCAGGAGCAAAGACUGGUUCGCUCGUACCGACAUGUGAUAUCCGGGUUCGCGGCCAAAUUGACGGCCAAGGAAGCUAAAGCCAUUGGGGAGAAGGACGGUGUUUUGUACAUGCGUCCGGAGAAGGUGCUCUCUCUACACACAACUCACACCCCCGACUUCUUGGGAUUGCCCCAAGGAGUCGGGCUCUGGAAGGACUCGAACUUCGGUAAGGGCGUGAUCAUUGGAGUAUUGGACAGUGGGGUUUUCCCCGACCAUCCUUCCUUCAGUGGCGAGGGGGUGCCUCCGCCCCCGGCCAAAUGGAAGGGCAAGUGCGACUUCAACGCCACGUCCUGCAACAACAAGCUCAUUGGUGCGAGGUCUUUCAUGGACGAUGGACCGCCAUAUGAUAGUGUGGGCCAUGGCACACACACUGCCAGCACAGCUGCUGGUGCUUCUGUGAAGGAUGCUAAUGUGCUCGGUAAUGCCAAUGGCACGGCCACAGGCAUGGCGCCUCUUGCGCAUUUGGCAAUUUACCAGGUUUGCAAUAAUAUUGGGUGCAGUGAGAGCAACAUAUUAGCUGCGUUUGACUUGGCCAUCGAGGAUGGCGUCGAUGUGCUUUCCCUCUCUUUAGGAGGAAUUUCCCAAGCGUUCUCUGUGGACUUUCUUGCAAUGGGUGCAUAUACCGCCACCGAAAAGGGUAUCUUUGUCAGCUGCUCAGCGGGGAAUUCUGGGCCAAUUACCAAGACAUCUUCAAACGAGGCACCGUGGAUUUUCACCGUUGGAGCGAGCAGCACCGACCGCAGCAUAAAGGCCACGGCACGGCUUGGAAAUGGGCAGGAGUUCGAUGGGGAGACCUUGUACCAACCGCACGACUCCCGUCUGGGGCUACUUCCCCUUGUUUAUCCAGGAGCAAAUGGAGAUACAGCCUCGGCCCGCUGCAAACCUGGUUCACUAAAACAGCGCUCGGACAUCCGUGGGAAAGUGGUUGUCUGCGACAAUGGAGGUGUGCGAGUUGCGGAAGGUCGAGAGGUCAAGGAUGCAGGUGGUGUGGCCAUGAUCCUCGUGAACGGUCCCACUUCGGGAGACACCACAUUGGCCGAUCCACAUGUCCUACCCGCUGUCCAUGUGACAUAUGAGGCGGGGAAAGCGAUCAAGAAAUACCUAAGCACGGCGUCAGCACCAACGGCCACGGUUUUAUUCAAAGGCACGCAGAUCAUCGGGAGAUCGGUCGCCCCGGCUGUAGCAUACUUCUCUUCCCGAGGCCCCAACAACCAAAGCCCAGGCAUCCUGAAACCGGACAUCAUUGGCCCGGGCGUGAACAUCCUUGCCGCUUGGCCACUUCCUCUGGACAAUUCUACAAGCAAGGAGCCCCCAUUCAACAUGAUCUCUGGGACCUCCAUGUCCUGCCCCCACCUCAGUGGCGUGGCUGCGCUGCUCAAGAGUGCACACCCGGACUGGUCGCCGGCCGCCAUCAAGUCUGCCAUCAUGACCACCGCCGCCACCUCCAACAAGGAGGGCGGACCCAUCGUGGACCAGACGCUCCAUCCAGCGGACAUUUUCGCCACCGGCGCGGGGCAUGUCAACCCAUCGAAAGCUGUUGACCCGGGUCUCAUUUACGACAUCGCACCGCAAGAUUACCUUCCUUACCUUUGUGGGCUCAAGUACCCCGACUCCGCAAUCGAGCUCAUAGUUCAGAAAAAAGUCAAAUGCUCGAGCAUAAAGAGCAUACCCGAUUACCAGCUCAACUAUCCAUCGAUCAGCUUGAGGUUCAAAGGUUCGUUGACGACGCUGAGUGUGACGAGGACGGUGAGAAACGUAGGACCUGCAAAUUCACGUUAUAAGUCGGUCAUCGACCCCGUCGUGGGUCUCGACUCAAUUGUCGUGUCUCCGCGUGAUCUGGUGUUCACCAAGGCGAACCAGACAGCGAGUUACCGGGUUGACUUUACACUGAAAGCGAGGUCGGCGACCCUGUAUGGUCAGGGGGCGAUCACAUGGGUCUCUGCUCAACAUUCGGUUCGAACCCCUGUCUCUGUCGAGUUCCAGUAAUCGCAGGGAGUGUCCGCGAUUUCUGUGGUUCAGAAAACGAAUUCGACAAAGAGGGCGCUUGGGGAGUGAAGUGACGGGUGUUUUGUUUGGCUUUUCUCCCUAUGUUUGCGUCCCGAAUAAUCUCGAGGGCAAUGAAUGAUACAUUUCACCCCUUGAAUUUGCCUUCGAGAACUCUGUCAUUUUUCACCUCGAAUUUAUCUUCC